AUGGCCUCCCCUGACCCGACCCCCAGACUCCCCGGCCUAGAGUCCCGAGCACAGACCCAAGUGCCCCCGGCUCACCAGGGCAUCCAAGCAGACUACCAGCAGCAUGACCUGAGCAGGAACCCCUCGGCUACUGUGGACUCGGGCACUGGAGUUUGUGCCCCCCACCCCCAACUCCACACACAGAAGCCCUCACCCCCAGAGUGGCUGUAUUGGGAGAUGGGGCCCCUGAGGAGGCCCACGGUGGAUGGCGUGUCUGGUGGAUCCCCAGCCAGCGUUAACCUGGCUCUGCCACGGCUGUCUCAACAUGUGGCCGAAGAAUUCUUGACGAUCGCACAUGGCAUAGACGACUUUAAUAACCAGAACUCGACAAAGGUGAAAGUGGCCAAGCUAAUCACUCACCCUUAUUUUGACCCCUGGAUAAUGGAUAACGAUGUUGCUUUGCUCUUGCUCCAAUCGCCAUUGAACUUGAGUGUCAGCACCGCACCCAUCUGUCUUUCAGAGGUCACUGACAUGAGGAGGUGGAGAAACUGCUGGGUGACUGGGUAUGGCACUACCGAUCCAUUUCAUAAGCAAGCUGUUUCUGCAAAGCUGAUGAAAGUUGACCUCAAGCUGAUAAACUGGGACAAGUGUCUCCAUGCUAUAUCUCUAAUUACCAAGAACAUGAUAUGUGCUGGGACUCCUGAAGGUGGAAAGGAUGCCUGCCAGAGUGACAGUGGAGGGCCUCUGGUUUGCCAGAAAAAGAAGAAAAGCAUAUGGUACCAGCUGGGCAUUGUCAGCUGGGGAGUGGGCUGUGGCCUGAAGGACAAGCCUGGAGUGUACACAAAGGUGUCAAGUUAUCUGUUAUGGAUUAAUACGGAGACAAAGCUGGCAGGGAAGCCUUAUAUGCAUGAGCGGGACUCCGGGUACAGUUUGCUUCUUUCAAGCUGCGCCACCUUGUUUCUCUAUUUUGUGAUCCUUCUAUUAUCCUGCUGCCACCUGGUCCUGAGUCGCAGUAAAGGCUGCUUCACUUUGUGGCUCUCAAAGAUGAUGAGCAGCAAUGCCAAGAUUCAGGAUCAGGAAGUUCCUGAAGUAGAAAUGGCCCAGAAAGGAGCUGAAGCCAAGGAAGGUGCCAGGGCAGGGACCGCUGACCUUGUGUGA